CUUCUCUCUCUCUCUCUCUCUCUCUCUAUUCUCUAAAUCACAAAAAUAGUAACCAUUCAAAGCAUUAAUGAUUUUAUCUGCUCAUCUCUGUCUUCGAUCUCUCCAUUUUUAUCUUUUUGUUUAGCUUUUUUAGGUCUUUUCUUCGUUCGUUUGUUGAAUUUGAUACUACUUUUUUACUUUUAUCUUAGUUUUUGUUUUCGAGGUGGUUGAAUCCCGUCUUGCUUCCUUUCUCCUCCACUUAUCGAGUUGUUGGAUGUCAGUGGCGUGUUUUGCACUAGGGUUAGGUUUUGAAUUUGGUGUAUGUAUGUAUGUACGCUAAUGUAUUGUGCUGUUUGCAUGCUGAUUAUGGAUUUUAAUUCUAGCCGAUCAAUGUCUGAUUUGAGUUUCAUUGUUUUGAAUUUCUUUAUGGUCACCGACCUUCCGAUUUUCAGUUGAUUUGAUUGAAUCCGAGGCUGAGGCUGGAUUUGGCUUGGAAGUUCCUUUGGGUACUGCUACGGACUGAAAAUCGUUGAACUGUGACCAAUAUGAACUUCAGGAACUUCGGAAAUGAUCCGCCGGGGGACGGUGGCUCCGGCGGGUUGGGCGGGAGGCCCUCGGGAAUCUUCCCGUUGGUGCGACAAUCGUCGGUCUAUUCACUAACGUUCGACGAGUUUCAGAGCGCCAUGGGUGGGCCGGGGAAGGAUUUCGGGUCUAUGAACAUGGAUGAACUGUUAAAAAAUAUCUGGACCGCUGAGGAGACACAAGCCACGACUUCCACCAUCGCCGUUGCAGGCCAAGAUGGCGGCGUUCCAGGCGGUGGCUAUUUGCAGAGACAGGGUUCCUUGACGUUGCCAAGAACGCUGAGUCAGAAGACGGUCGAUGAGGUCUGGAGAGAUAUGAGCAGAGAGUUAGCCGGUGGUGGGAAGGAUCAUGGCAGUGAUGCUGGGGGAUCGAAUUUGCCACCGAGACAGCAAACUUUGGGGGAGAUCACCCUUGAGGAGUUCUUAGUCAGAGCUGGAGUUGUAAGGGAAGAGGUUCAGCCUCCUGGAAGAGCCGAUCAUACUGGUGUUUUUGGCAAUUCGUUGCGCCAAAGUAAUUCUUCUGCUAUGGGAAUUGGGUUUCCGCCGACUGGUCAGAGUGGGGGAUUAGUAGGUAAUAGGAAUCAAGGGAAUAAUAAUCAAACUUCCAUACAAUCUUCAAAGCCACUGAUCGUAAAUGGGGGAUUGUCCUCCCAGCAACAGCAGCAGCUACUUUUUCCAAAGCAACUUCCUCUGGCUCAUGCCAAUCCCACGACUUCGCCAAGAGCUAGGGCUGGGAUUGUUGGGAUUGCUGAUCAAUUAAUGAAUAAUAGUUUUGUUCAGGGUGGAGGGAUGGGGCUGAUGGGUUUGGGAGCUGGUGCUGUUACUGUUGCAGCAGCUUCCCCGGCAGUUUCCUCGGAUGGGAUUGGGAGGAGUAACGGAGAUAUGUCAUCUGUCUCACCGGUACCUUAUUCUUUUAAUGGAGGUUUACGGGGAAGAAGAUCCAACAAUGCUGUGGAAAAGGUUGUUGAGAGGAGACAGAGAAGGAUGAUAAAGAACAGAGAAUCAGCUGCAAGAUCGCGGGCUCGGAAGCAGGCCUAUACAAUGGAGUUGGAAGCAGAAGUUGCAAAACUGAAAGAGGAAAACCAAGAAUUGCAAAAGAAACAGGAGGAAAUAAUUGAGACGCAGAAAAAUCAGAUAAUGGAGAUGAUGAACAUGCAGCAGGGAGGGAAGAAACAAUGCCUGAGGCGAACACAGACUGGCCCUUGGUGAAGGGUUGAUUACCCUUUGAUAGUUCAAAUAUACUUUAUGUGGAUCUUAGUUGGCUGUACAUAUUUAACAGCGAGAUGUUUUAUGCAGUAGAUGAACAGGGUGAGAGCUGAGUUCUGUUUUAGCUUAAUCCUUUCACUUCUUCUUGCCCCUUUCAAUGAAUCCAUUUGGUAGAACUAGAAGAGAGCAAAUACAUGGAUUAGGUGAAUUGGUAUAUGUAAUCAACCGUGUCAGGUUUCUCAUCAGAAAAAAUAAAAAGUCCUUUUUAAUUUUUCUUUUUA